AGUGUAAUAUUUUGCAUAUUACAUAUUCCUCAGUAGAGCUGAGGGAAAAGAAGAAACAUCAAAAUUUCAUGACUUGGUUUUUCCUCGUACACCAGUUACUUAUUUCCCAUCUGAAAGUCUGGAAAAUGGUCCCUGAUUAGCAGUGGGGAGAGGAAAUAUCCUAAGAGUCUAUUCUUAUGCCAGCGAUGCCCUGAUUCACAUUCAACACUUCUCUGCCCACCUGGCCCACAAUGAAUGAGACAUCAAACUAAAAUGCAGCUGUAUCCCCCUAAGUCACCAAAAGGAAUGUGGCUUAUUAUGACCCAAAGGGAGACAUGUUGGGCUGUGCAACAUGAGACACACAUACAUGAUCUAAAUGCAUAAAUCACAUGACAGCUUUCUUUAAGGAAGAUGAAGCAAGAAAGACACAUAAGAGAAGAUCCAGGAAGAGCUGAAGUGAGGAAUCCUAACCCAUCAGGAAAAGGAAACAAUGUUUCCAUCCAUCUUGAAAGGGUAGCCAGGAAAACAAACCUGGCUAAUUUCCUAAUCACCUGUUAAUUAGGACAAACAGGACAAGGAAAGAGCACAGCUUCUGAUGACAGCAGCCCUUAGCAGGGUAUAAAAGGGGACCUGGGGCGAGCAGACUUCCAAACCUUCCAACCCACCUUCCUGAAAACUCACUCCGAACCUCCACCCUCUGACACCAUGGUCAACUCCUGCUGUGGAUCCGUGUGCUCUGACCAGGGCUGUGGCCAAGGCUGCUGCCAGACCACCUGCUGCCGCCCCAGCUGCUGUGUGUCCAGCUGCUGCCGCCCCUCCUGCUGUGGCUCCAGCUGCUGCCGCCCCUGCUGUGGCUCCAGCUGCUGCAGGCCUACCUGCUGUGGCUCCAGCUGUGGCUCCAGCUGCUGCAGGCCUACCUGCUGUGGCUCCAGCUGUGGCUCCAGCUGCUGCAGGCCAACCUGCUGCAUCUCUAGCUGUUGCCGCCCCACCUGCUGCCAGACCACCUGCUGCCGCCCCAGCUGCUGUGUGUCCAGCUGCCGCCGCCCCUCCUGCUGUGGCUCCUGCUGUGGCUCCAGCUGCUGCCGCCCCAGCUGCUGUGUGUCGAGCUGCUGCCGCCCCAGCUGCUGUGGCUCCUGCUGUGGCUCCAGUUGCUGCCGCCCCAGCUGCUGUGUGUCCAGUUGCUGCCGCCCCAGCUGCUGUAUGUCGAGCUGCUGCCGCCCUAGCUGCUGCCCGACCCUCUGUUGCAAGACCACCUGCUGCCGUCCCACCUGCUGCCAGACCACCUGCUGCCGCCCACCCAGCUGCUGCAGGCCCACCUGCUGUGGGUCCAGCUGUGGGUCCUGCUGCUGCCAGCCUUGCUGCCGCCCCUGUUGUGUGUCCAGCUGCUGCCAGCCAUGCUGCCGCCCCUGUUGUGUGUCCAGCUGCUGCCAGCCUUGCUGCUGUAGCACUCCCUGCUGCCAGCCCAGCUGCUGUGGGUCCAGCUGUUGCUGCCGCCCCUGUUGUGUGUCCAGCUGCUGCCAGCCUUGCUGCCGCCCAACCUGCUGUCAGACCACCUGCUGUAAAACCACCUGCUGCCGACCCAGCUGCUGCUGCUGCCCUUGCUGUGUGUCCAGCUGCUGCCAGCCUUCCUGCUGCUGA